AGUGCGCCAUCUGGUGGGCAGGAAUGACAAUGCACAAGUAAAAGUGCCCGCUAAUUAUUAAUUGAAAUGAACAGUCAAAAAAACAAUCAGGAAGCUGUCAUGAAGAAUGAGUUGGGGAUGGGAGCUGGGGUUGUUCUGGAUUAAAUGGGCAAGGAAGGCCUCGCUGAAGUGACUUUCAACUGAGACUUGAAGGAGGAAAAGUAUUCCAGGCAGAGGGAACAGGUGUAGAAGCCCUGAAGCAAAAACAGCUUUAGGAUGCAUGAGGAAGCCAAGAGAGGCCCCAGGGGCUGCAACAUAGGCAAUGGGGAGAGGGGCAAGAAAAGAAGUCCCGAGGUACUGAGGGAGCAAGAGCUUGAUACUGCAGAGUUCCUGGUAAGCUGCUUUGGACAUACUAUUUCAAAGGCUAGAGGCAGCCAUAGAGUCACCCAGAAAAAGACGACAGCAGUUACCUCGUGAGAGGUUGAUGGCAGUCUGCUAAGCUAGGAUGGAGACAAGUGGGCCCUGCGCAGUACUUUGUGGGGGUAGAAGCAACAGGUGGAGCUGGAUGUGAGACAUAGGACGAGGAAGCCACGGAGAGGAGCAUCCGCGCGGCCGAGGUGGAUCCGCGGCUGAAAGAACUGGAGGGGGCAGAGUGACCCUAUCCCUGUGCGGGUCGAUCUGACGUCCGAGGAGAGAACCUAGGCCACAGGAGUCUGGCACUCAGGGCAGACCCAGGAGCUGCAGUCAAAGGUGAGGGGUAAAGUUCUGGGAGUCCAAAGAGGGUCGAGACCAGCUGCCGGGAGGGCGAGGCGGCCGGGGGCGUGGCCGGAGCCUGUGCAGGCGGCACUGCGCAGGCGCCGAGCUGACCGUUUCCAUGACGGCGAGUACCCAAGCGUCUCAACCGCUCCGCAACGGCUGUGUCCAAGACCUGGACCCCGCGGGAGACGUUCGUCCCCGAGAGUUUCAGCACUCGCCCCUCAGCGCCGGCUGCUGUCCGGGGUCAGCUGAACCCCCCCUUCCCGCUCGCUCUCUGCGGCCACAACAUGGGCGACCUGGAGCUGCUGCUGCCAGGGGAGGCUGAAGUGCUGGUGCGGGGGCUGCGCAGCUUCCCGCCGCGCGAGAUGGGCUCCGGAGGGUGGAACCAGCAGCAUGAGAAUCUGGAGAAGCUGAACAUGCAGGCUAUCCUUGAUGCUACAGCCAGCCAGGGGGAGCCCAUCCAGGAGCUGCUGGUCACCCAUGGGAAGAUCCCAACGUUGGUGGAGGAGCUGAUUGCAGUGGAGAUGUGGAAGCAGAAGGUGUUCCCUGUGCUGUGCAGGCUGGAGGACUUCAAGCCCCAGAACACUUUUCCCAUAUACAUGGUGGUACACCAUGAGGCCUCCAUUGUCAACCUUCUGGAGACCGUGUUCUUCCACAAGGAGGUGUGUGAGUCAGCAGAAGACACUGUCUUGGACCUGGUAGACUACUGCCACCGAAAAUUGACUCUGUUGGUGGCCCGGAGUGGCUGUGGUGGCCCUCCUGAGGAGGAGUCCCAGUACAGCACCCCAAUACAGGAGCUGCAGAAGCAGGCCGAGCUGAUGGAGUUUGAGAUCGCAUUGAAGGCCCUCUCAGUGCUGCGCUACAUCACAGACUGUGUGGACAGCCUUUCCUUGAGCACCUUGAACCGCAUGCUCAGUACCCACAACUUGCCCUGCCUCCUGGUGGAACUGCUGGAACACAGUCCCUGGAGCCGCCAGGAAGGAGGCAAGCUGCAGCACUUUGAGGGAGGCCGUUGGCAGACAGUGGCCCCCUCAGAGCAGCAAAAGCUGAGCAAGUUGGAUGGGCAGGUGUGGAUCGCUCUGUACAACCUGCUACUAAGCCCUGAAGCCCGGGCCCGCUACCACCUCACCAGCUUUGCCAAGGGCCAGCUACUCAAGCUUCGGGCCUUCCUCACGGACACACUGCUCGACCAGCUGCCCAACCUGGCAGACCUGCAGGGCUUCCUCGCCCACCUGGCCCUGGCUGAAACCCAGCCCCCUAAGAAGGACCUGGUGUUGGAACAGAUCCCAGAAAUCUGGGAGCGGCUGGAGAGAGAGAACAGAGGGAAGUGGCGGGCUAUUGCCAAGCACCAGCUGAGGCACACAUUCAGCCCCUCGGAGCAGGACCUGCGGCUGCAGGCACAAAGAUGGGCUGAGACUUACAGGCUGGACAUCCUGGAGGCAGUAACCCCAGAGCGGCCCCACUGUGCCUACUGCAGUGCAGAAGCCUCCAAACGCUGCUCACGGUGCCAGAGUGAAUGGUAUUGUUGCAGGGAGUGCCAGGUCAAGCACUGGGAGAAGCAUGGAAAGGCUUGUGUCCCGGCAGUCCAAGGUGACAGAGCCAAGUGAAGGCUGCAGCUGCUAAAGGCCAGCCACCCGUACAGCCCACCCAAGAGUGUGCCCUUGAACCUCAGGAUCUCAGCCUAGCCUCUGCCAGAGCCCCAGCCUCCAAGGUGGUGAGCGCAGCGAGCACAGACCCAUCUUACCCAGCAAAGCGCUCCCCACUUCCUGCCCUACCCAGCGGGUAGGCUAAGGGCGCUGCCUCAGCGAGCUGGAGCAGGAGGGCGGGGGCAAAGACAAGGGCCGGAUGUGGGGACCCUGUUCCUCUAGCACAGUAAAGCUGGCCUCUAGAAACA